ACUCCAUGGAAGCCAUCAAACAACUUCACUCCCACCUCAUUGUCUCAGGCCUCUACAGGCACCCGGUGCACAUCUCCAAAGUUCUAGCCUUCUACGCUCUCUCCCCAGCUUUUCUUCCUCAUGCCCUCCUUAUCUUCAACCAAAUAGAAAGCCCUAACACCUUCAUAUUCAACACAAUGCUAAGAGCCUUCGCCCAAAGCAAUACCCCAACGGAAGCCCUCCUCUUCUACCACCAAUCCAGAGCUCUAGGACUCAGACAUGACUUCAUGACCUUCCCCUUCGUAUUCAAGGCUUGCGCGAGGAUUCCUGCCAUGAUAGAAGGUCAGUGGAUUCAUGCCCAUGCUCUGCAACUGGGGUUCGUCUCUGAUGUCUUCACUUCGAAUGCACUGAUUAGUUUGUACUCGUCAUGCAAGGAAUUGGGGUGCGCGCGACAGUUGUUUGAUGAAAUGCCUGUGAAGGAUUUGGUAUCAUGGAACUCCUUGAUCUGUGGGAGCGGCAAGGAUCAACGAUUUAGUGAUGUUUUGGAGCUUUUUGAAAUGAUGCUUGAAGUGCGGAUGAAGGCCGAUGCGGUGACCAUGGUGAAUGUGGUAUCGGCUUGCACCCAGUUGCGAGAUUGGGAGUUGGGGGAGACAAUGAUUAAGUAUAUUAGGGAUAAUUGCAUAGAGGUUGAUUUGUAUCUUGGAAAUACUAUGAUAGAUUAUUAUGGUCGACGUGGAUUCGUGGAGGACGCUCAAAAGUUGUUUGAUGAAAUGAAGGAGAGGAAUUCCAUCACCAUGAAUGUGAUGAUAGCGACAUUCGCAAAGGCUGGAGAUUUGGUCGCUGCAAAAAAGAUGUUUGAUAGUAUGCCUGAGAAGGAUCUGGUUUCCUGGAGCUCGAUGAUAACCGGGUAUUCUCAAUCGAAAAAUUUCUCUGAAGCCCUAGAACACUUCAGGCAAAUGCAGAAAACUAAAAUAAAGCCAGAUGAAUUUGUGGUUGUCAGCGUCCUCUCUGCCUGUGCGCAUCAGGCUGCACAUAAACUUGGGCGGUCGGUUCAUGGCUACAUUCGAAGGAGCAACAUAAAAAUGGACAUUUUUGUGGGAAAUUCCUUGAUUGACAUGUACUCCAAGAGUGGAUACAUCAAUGAGGCAUAUAAGGUAUUCAAUGAAAUGAGAAAUAAGGAUACUCUGACAUGGAAUUCAAUCAUAUUGGGGCUCGCGAAUAGUGGAAAUGCGGACAUUGCAUUGCAGGUCUUUUCUGAUAUGUUGAGGGGCAAUUUUAAGCCUGAUGAGGUGACAUUUCUUGGUGUCUUGGUUGCCUGUGUGCACAAUGGGUUGGUUGAUGAAGGGCUUGAGCACUUUAAGAGCAUGAGUGGAGUUCAUGGAGUGGAACCUCAAAUGAAGCAUUAUGGAUGUGCUAUUGAUCUUCUUAGCCGAGCUGGGGAAUUGUAUAAGGCUUUUGAGCUGAUUGGAGAAAUGAUGAGGAGGCCUGAUGCCAUAGCGUGGAGGGCGUUCAUGGGAGCUUGCAAGGCUCAUGGAGAUGUCCCAAUGGCGGAGUAUGCCCAUAAGAAGCUCCAUAAAGUAGAUUCUCGUGGCAAUGGGUUCAAACUAAAUACUCCUUUUGAAUGCAUGGCUGAGAGAUGAAAUGGUGCGAUGAAAUUGAGGGAUAAGAUGACUGAGUUUGAUGUGGAAGAAUUCUGGUUGUUGCGUAAUUGAAUAUUAGUAACACUGUGGGAAGCUCGAAGUUGGCAAAUUCAUGGAUAAGGAUAAGAUUUUCAAGAACAUAUAGGGAAUGCAGAAAUUGUUGCAGCUUCCAUGGAUUCAGAGGCUUCCUUUCUGCAAUCAGGAGAUCGGUAUGCUAAACGUUGACGGACUUAGAUUAGCUGAAGAUAACAGUUAAGUUUCUGCAGAAGUUCAGAGUUUAACAAGGUUUGAAUCACACUUCAAACUGUAAAUAUUGUUUGGAGGGAAAACGAGGUACAUGUUAUAUUUACGUUAUGCACAUCCGUGUUUAACAAAGUAAGAAAUCACUUAAAGAGCUU